GCUGAUUUUAGGCUGGGUUUUAAAUUCAAAAGUGUCCUCCCUCGCCUUGAAGCCGUUUAGAAGGGUGGGGUUGCUGCUCGGGGGUGUGUGCUGCCUCGAUGGUUUAAAUCCUACACAUGCGUACUGGAUUUCGGGGUUCAAGGGAAUACGCCAUAUUGGAAACGCUGUAUAGUUUAGCUAACAGUUUAUUGCUAGCGGGGGAAAAGGGACACUGAUUGAUUCCCGUUGGUUGUGGCGUUCGGCACGUCGUUAUUUUCCCUGUCGUCUUGCGUAGCCCCGUUUACAGACACGUUCCCGCGGUCCGGACUCAAACUUCUCCGCUGAACGCUUGUUUGACAGCGCUGCUAGAAAGACGAGUUGAAUGGAUCCGAGGGUCGCUUGGAUUCAGCCGGAACAGAAAGGUCCUGCGAACGCUUUAUGGAUGCGUGUGUGGGAGACGUCUCGGGUAAACCGGACUAACACGGGUCAGCACCAGAACCACCACCACCACAACAACCUCUGUGUCAAUUCUCCGGCGUUUGACGUUUAUAAAACUGUCGCGUCCAAUGCGAAUAACGGCACUAACAUUAAAAGCAGCGGCUCUGCGGCUCACGCGUUAAAUGGAAACACGGGAGACGGCGAAAUGACCCAAAAGACCGGCUCGGUGGCGGAUCCGGCGUCCAGCUGCUCUAAAAUAAGGACUACAAGCCCUAAUAUGAUCGCUGGGAAUAUGAACAAGGGCCAUCCGUUUUUUAUUUGCAGCGAGAGCGUGCUGAAUAAUGUCAACCACCAUCAUCACCCUCCUCAUCCUCAUCUACGGCACUUCCAUCAAGAGCAGCAGCAGAGUUGCAUGAAGCGCCACCCGUCCCAUCCGGCAGCGGUUCACAGCCACCAUCACCACCACCAUCAUCCGGGCCGGAGGAAAAGCGAUAAUAAAGCCAGCACCUAUGGGAUAAACUACUUGAUCUCUAACUGGACUAACGGCAAUUAUGACAACUCCGGCACGCCUUGGAAGACGAGGAAAUAUAACCCAGGGGUUGACGGGUUGCAUGAAGAAAUCAUGGACUUCUACAAUUUCAUGUCUCCUCGUCCUCAGGAGACCACCAUGAGACAGGAGGUGGUGGACAGGAUAGAGUCGGUCAUCAAGGAGUUGUGGCCAACCGCUGAUGUCCAGAUAUUUGGCAGCUUUAGCACUGGACUCUUUCUCCCAACCAGUGACAUUGACCUGGUGGUGUUUGGGAAAUGGGAGAAACCUCCCCUGCAGCAGUUGGAGCAAGCGCUCAGAAAACACAAUGUGGCAGAACCAUAUUCCAUCAAAGUUUUGGACAAAGCUACGGUACCAAUCAUCAAACUGACAGAUCAGGAGACCGAGGUGAAAGUGGACAUUAGUUUUAACGUGGAGACGGGCAUCAAAGCUGCUAGCUUCAUCAAAGAAUAUGUGAAGAAGUAUACCGUGCUGCCUUAUUUAAUCUUAGUGCUGAAACAGUUCCUGCUGCAGCGAGACCUCAACGAAGUCUUCACUGGAGGAAUCAGCUCCUACAGUCUCAUCCUGAUGGUCAUCAGCUUCUUACAGUUGCACCCAAGAAUUGAUGCUAGGACUCCCAACAUGAACCUUGGCAUUCUGCUCAUCGAGUUCUUCGAGCUGUAUGGAAGACACUUCAACUACCUGAAGACAGGCAUCAGGAUAAAGAACGGCGGCGCUUACAUGGCUAAAGAGGACAUAAUGAAGGCCAUGAGUAAUGGCUACAGGCCCUCCAUGCUCUGUAUUGAGGACCCUCUUCUUCCAGGUAAUGAUGUGGGCAGAAGCUCUUACGGUGCCAUGCAGGUGAAGGAGGCUUUUGACUACGCCUAUAUAAUACUGGGUCACGCCGUCUCACCUCUUGCACGUUCUUACCCAAACAAAGACAGUGACAGCACUUUGGGCCGCAUAAUUAAAGUCACCCAGGAAGUCAUCGACUACAGGGAGUGGAUCAUAAAGAAAUGGGGUGGCAGACACAACGCCCGCAUUGAGAGGAACCCAGGUCCGUCUCAUAAAGACUCAGUGGAGCAGGUGGAGACAGGCACACUGCUGGGUGUAGGUGUGGAGGACCAGCAGCAGAGGGACUCGGUGUCCCCUCACAGCGCAGACUCUCCCAUGUCCCUCUCCAGCCCUCAACAGCACUCCUCCGCUUCUUCUGCAUCCUCGCUGUCAGGCAGUGAUAUCGACUCUGACUCCACACCGUAUGUCGCUCCACCUGUAGCCCACAUCCCUCUUCAGACCCUGGCACCGGGUCCCCUGCCACCAGUGCUUCAGAUGGGCACGGGCAAAGCCAGCAUCGCGGCAGCACUCGCCAUGCCUCCGGCCACCCAGGCGAGAGUGUCAAUCCCAGGCAAUCUUUCUCUCCACGCUCUACCUGGCAGACAGGUGUGUAUGGCAAAUGGACUACCCCCAUACCUCCACAUGCUCCCCCCUGCAGUCCCCCCAUUUCCCCCCAGCCCUCUGCCCAUUCCCCACCACCAUCCCAAGACAGGUCCCAAGUUCCCUCUGAAGGGCUUCCACAAUCCCGCCGUGGUGCACAGUCCUGUCCUUUCCAACCGAGGCCACAUCCAAUACAACCGCCACACCUGGCGCCGCAGGAAGAGGGACAGUCUGCAGGCCAGCGUCAGCAGAUAAAGACCUCGCGCCUCCCCUCCGGAAGCUCCCUCUCCACUCCUCGCUUCCUGAUGAGAACUCAUUGAGCCCUCCUACUGAUGGUGUGAGCACAGAGAGACCAGCGUUUGCAACCCAGCUCCUCGUUCAGUAGUUGUGAUGGCGGUGCUAAGUAGUUCAGUCUGCCACUGAAUCUGUGCAUGUAUAUGUAGACUCGUAUGUUUUUUUGUUUUGUUUUUUGACCUGUGCAAUCUUCCUGAGGAAGCUUCAAGAACAGGAACUGUUUUUUUUGGUCGUCUACUCCACAACUUCCUGGUUGACAGGUGAAACGUUCCUUUUUGUGUAUGUUUGUGUGUGUGUUUCAUGCUCUUUUGUUUUCCUGUCUACACAUUUCGUUCUAAACGUGACACCUUUCACAUGUGGGAUGAACUGGAUUCAGUGGAUUUCAAGUGUUUGUUUGUUGUAUCGGGGUGUAUGUUUGUGUAACGCUGGCUUCGAAUCCUGCACUCGAGAUGCCUCCAGAGCUCCCCACUGUAUUGACUGUACACAUCACGCAACCUUUACUUUUUUUUUUUUUUGUGCAAUAACUUCAUUUCUGUAUUUUUGCUCACUC